UGAGAAUAAAAAUAUCUAUAUUAGAGUAGAAUAGGGAGAACAAAUCAAGAAAGAUUGAUCCAUUAUUAUUCACAAGAGAAGGAAUAUUGUUAACAUACACAAAAUUACAACAACUAUUCUGUUUGUUUGUUUUUUUAUCAUAGAAUAAAGAGUAUGUAUUAAUUUAACCAGAAAACAUUGAAUUUGUAAAGAAAAUUAAACAAACGAAAUCAAAUAAAUAAUUUAGUAUUAUCUAUGAAAAUUUCUCAAUAAUUUAAUGUUGAUAACGAUAAUCAUAUUAAUAUUUAAAUAUAAUCAAUGACAAUUGGAUCCUUAUUCAUUUUGACGUCAAAUCAAUGCAACAACACCAACAAGAACAGAAAAAAAAGAACACAAAUUUAAUGAAAACCAUAUUCGAUUUUUAAUUGAAAAGAGAAAAAUCAUUUCCAUUUGGUUUUAUCAGCUUACAUUCAGUUAUCUAUCGGUUUUUUUCUAAUAUCCUUUCUCAUCUAUUGAUCGCCUAUCACUAUUUGCUAAUAUUAUUACAAUUAAUGUAAAUCUAAGUAACAAUAUGUGUGUGUUUUCAUUUGAUUUCAUAAAUUCCUGUAAAGAAAUUAAUCACUGCUUUUAAAGUAAAAAGAAAAGAAAAGAGAAUAAAGAAAAAAAAGAGAAAAAAGAAAAAAAAUGACAAAUUCUGAAAUUUCUUCAAUGAUUUUUAAACAAGAAUCUAUUAUUAAUGAGAAUUCACCUACAACUUCUUCAACAAAUUCAACUAUACAACAAUUUUAUUCAAAUAAUAAUCAUCCUUUAAAUUCAGAUAAUACUUAUUUAAAUGAACAAGAAUUGAAUUUAAAUAAUUUUGUAUACACAACAAUAAAUAAUACAAUGUCAGUAAAUAAAAUCAAUUCAAUGUUAUCAAUAUCAAAUAAUUUAUUAGAGAAAACAUUUAAUCAUCAUCAUCAUCAUCCUCACCAUCAUCCAUUUAUUCAUUUAAAUUUAACUAAUCAAUUAAAUAAUCAUUAUCAUCUUCAACAUAAUCAUCAAUCAAUGAAUGAUAUAGAAAAUUUAGAAUUUAUUCAUUCUAUACAACAACAAAAUGAAUUGAAUUAUUCAACCCAAACCCCAAUAUCAUCGUCAUCAUCAUCAUCAUCAGAAUCAGAAUCAUCAUUAACUCGUACCGAUAAUAAUAAUAAUAAUAAUAAUAAUAAUAAUAAUAAUAAUAAUUUAAAGAAUAGUCUAAUUAACUUGCCAACAUCAUCAUCAUCAUCGUCGUCAUUAUUCACAUCGACACACGCAUCAAAAUCUUCUACGUCCAAUUUUUCACAUCGUCAUCAAAAUCCGAGAACAACAGUGACUAUGGGAAUAGGUACACUAACUACUACUACCACAACUACGACUACCACUACCACUACGACUGCGACAAAAAGUUCAACUAUAAUAAAUCGUUUGACUGAUAAUAAAGACUGUAAAGAAUAUGGAAAUCCGUUACGUUCAACUGUACAAAAUCGAUUAAGUAAUCAUUCACAUUCCCAUCCACAUCAUCAUCAUCACCAUCAUGUUCAUCAUUAUAGAACAGCAUCAAUUUGUUCAAGAGCAUCAUAUAUGUGUCGUAAGUGUAAAACACAUGGACAUAAUAUUCCAGUUAAACGACAUAAACGUACAUGUCCAUAUACAAAUUGUAAAUGUAUUAAAUGUCAUCUUGUUGAUCAAGGUAGAAAAGUUGUCGCCAAACAAAUAGCUCUUUAUCGUGAUCAAACUGGUAAUUCACAUCAACGUGAUACACAUGAACAACAAACAAGUUUGAAUCGUGUACAAGCAUCUGCUAACAUUCACUGGUUACAGACAUCUACAGAAGCGGUAGCAUCGUCACCGUCGUCAAUGACAACAAUAGCUACUACGACUACAACUGCCUUACCUAUUGCUGCUACCAAUCUGGAACGAAAUAGAAUUGAUGAGGCAAAAAUGAAUAAAAAUGUAACUACAACUCGAAACACUACUCGUGUAUCUAGUACUACUGGAUUACAUAAUCCUACUUUUUGUGAUGAAAGAGUCAAUCCAACGUUAGUUCAGUUAUCAACUCAUUCUAAUUCAUUACGAUCAAUGGUGACAAUGAUGGACGAUAAACAAACAAUUACAUCUGGUCCACAUUGUCGACGAUGUCGUAAUCAUUCAAUAGCUGUUACAUGGAAAGGACAUAAGAAAACUUGUCCAUUUAGAAAUUGCCCAUGUGAUCCAUGUCGAUUGAUUAACGUCAGAAAAGAUACAGAAAAAACACUUAGGGAAAUGGUAAGUCACAAUGAAUUAAAACCUUUCACUAAUGUUUUCAAAGAAAAUCGUAACAAUUAUUCAACCCCUAAAUUGGAAUCAAUUGUACAAAGUAAUUCAACGUUGAAUGAUACAAAUAUUCAAACAGAAUAUGCAUAUAAGCCAUCAAUUAAUCUAUAUAAUAAUAAUAGUAAUAAUAAUAAUAGUAAAAUCAAUGUAGAUCAUCCUAAUGGAAAUGAAAAAACUGGAGAGAAUUUAAUCAAUCAACAAAUAAAUGAGAGUUUAUUACUAUCAAGACCACCUAAAUCAUCACCAUGUUUAACACAAUUAUUACAUGAUAAUCUCAGCAACAACGAUAGUAAUAAUAAUAAUAAUCUAUUUGUGAAUACAACCCGUUCACAAUUAAGUCACAAAUUAAAUUCACGAUCAAAUUCUAUCGAUUCAAUUUUAUCACAAAAUAGUUCAGAGAAUUAUCCUAAUGAAUCAUUAUUACCUACAUCUUCUUAUCAAUUAUCAACAACACUUUUUAAUGGGAAUCAUAUAAAAGAACAAACAAAUUCAAUAAUAUCAAAAUCAAUAACACCAUUAAAAAAUUCAAAUCUUUUAACUGUUCGUGAAAUAAAUCAUCUUUCAUCAUCUGAUUGGUGGAUUCAAUCAACAAAUUUAUUACAUAAUAUACCAACUACUUUAACAUCAGUAUUAUCACCAUCAUCAUCAUUAUCGAUUUCUGUAAAUAAUCCUGUACAGAAUCAAUUGACUACUAUGAAUUCAAUUGAUUGUGUACAAUAUGAUACAAGUUUAGGAUAUAUUCAUCAAAAAAUCAAUAAUAAUAAUAAUAGUACAGAAUUUGAUUCUGCAAUCACAACAGAUUUUUCACAAUUGAACUCAAUAGAAGAUUAUUAUGAGUCACCAAUUCUAAAAAGUGGUUUAACCAACGAAGCCAAUGUUAAUUUUCAUUAUAAUGAUAAUGAUAAUAAAAACUAUUAUUAUGAUAAUUCUGAUUAUUUUGGUCCUACUAUCGAUUUUAGAAAUCCAUCGCCUUAUUUAUGCAGAAUAAAUCGAUAUCAAGCAUACAAUCCCACAACAAAUAACUUAAAUAGUAAUAUAAACAUACCUGUCAAUAAUAAUAACAGUUGUGCUAAUCAUGGUAAUAACCCCAUGAACAAUAAAUUCGGUUCAUAUUUCACAUCGCAAUUACCUAGCGAAACCGCUUUCUAUUGUCCUGAACGAGUUUCAGCCGUGGCGGCAGCAGCAGCAGCCGCCGCGGCGAUGGUUGCAAUGACACCGGCUAUCAAUAAUUCGCCAAGACGAUGUUCUCAUCAUCAUUACCAUCAUCAUCAUUGUCACGCACAUACACAUUGUCAUAUUAAUCAAAAUUUUCGAGAAGAUAUUCAACAACGACAUGGACAAGAUGAUGACUAUGAUGAUGAAGAUGAUGAUGUCGUUGAUAAUGACGAUUUAUUGAAUGAAACAAAUACUAUUGAUGCUAAACGUUAUCAUCAUUAUCACCAUAUGUACAAUCAACCCGUCUCAAUUCAGCAUCAACAUCACAAACCGUAUGAAACAUUAGAUCCUGAGUUAUAUUCAAAUUUAGGACAAAACAGGACAGUUAGGGAAGAAUGUCCUCCUAUUGAUAGUGAGAUUCAUGUACCAUCAAUCGAUAAAACAUGCAUAAUAACUGGAAAUUCACUACCUUAUAUUGAUGAGUAUCAAGGUUCACCAGUAGAACACUAUUCAAAGUUUAACAGAUCACCAAGAGAUUGGAUAAAUAAAGAAACAGAUGAUAUUCGAAUAUCUCAAGAAGAAUUAACAACACUAAUACGACAUACUGGUAAUAAUAGUAGAAAACAUGAGUUACCACCAACUACAACAUUCCAACCAGUUUCUUCUACAAAUUAUAUGUCCUUAGCAUUUAAUCAACUUGCUGUAGACAAGUUUCAUGAUCCAAAUUUAAACACAGUUUCAUCGGCUUCAUCAUUUAUGUCUCCCGAGGUAAAUAGUAGUUUACCAGUUUCUUUUCCGCGCCUUCCUACGAAUAUACCCGAAUCACGAACCCUGGAUUAUUCAAAUACAAUAUGGAGAAAUCAUUCUAAUCUUAAAAUGAAUCAUCUGUUGUCUGAUGCACACACACAAAUCAGUAUAUCUGAUAAUACUCAUGUUACUGAUGAUGGCAUUGAUGAUGAAGAUAAUGAUAAACAGCCAAACUCAAGAGUCUCAUUAAAUCAUUCAAUGACUAAUUCAAAAUUGGAAUAUUCAAGACACAUUAUCAAUCAGUCUGAACAUGGUAGUGAUGUGAAUUUAUCAGCUUGGUCAUUGCUACAGUUUAGUAAUGAUAACAAUCAAGCAAUGAUCGAUAAUAAUAAUAAUAAUAAUCAUUCAAAUAUAUUGAUGAGCAGUGAGAAUGUUGAAUCAACCAAUAGAAUUAGAGAUGAAAAUUCAAUAUUGAACGGAUGAUUUGACUUUUCAAGUUUCCUACCGCUAGAAUUCGGCCAAUCUUGCCUAAUAUUAUAAAAGGGAGAGAGAGAGAGAAAAAAAAGAUUGUGACACAACAUUUCAAUUAAAAGUUUUAAAGAAAUACUCACAUUCCAUUCUGUUUCUCAUCAUCAUUUUUAUACAAAGUUAGCUGAUGUUUUCUUUUAACAGUACAAAAAUAUUAAAAUGAUACAUUCCAUGCAU